UCAGUUCAGAAACUUACAGACAAUAUUCAGCAGACAUUUCGCGUUGUUGGGCCAGAUACGGAUUGAGAUUACUGAAGAAGUCCAAGACCAGRUUGUUGAAGCAUAAAUCGCAUAGACCAUCGCCUAUGAUCUUUAAUAAUUUAUUAUUCAAGAAUUUCAACAUGUGGAACGAAGAACGUGUGACACAGUACUAUGUGAAUAAUUACGAAGACGCGCUAACGUUGGCUAACAGCAUAUUGUCAAAUCUUGCCGCUACAAAAAAGUAUUAUUCGUUUGAAAAGACAGCCAAUUACUACUCGGAUCUGUGUAUGGACACAUGUACUGUGUACAAACUAUUGACUUACUUUCAAGAAAACCCAGACAAGAUGGGAAAACUUUUCAAAAAAGGAAUCGUGGACUUAGAAUUGACGGCCAAUAGACUCAACGAGGAGAAUUGCAUGAAUAUUUGUAGACGCAUUUGGUACGAAUUAGGAACAGUGUAUAGCGAUAUGAUGGAUAUUAAGUACGARCGACACGUCAAUAAUAAACUGGUGCUCGUGGAAAUCGCGAUUAAGAAGAUCAAUCGCUAUUCGUCGUCGGCUAUUAAAUAUUAUACGAAAUUUGUCGAAUCGUUUUAUGUGGAAAGAAAGUUGCCAGAACUAUUGAGUGAACAAUAUGUGAAACCAGUGUUGUUGGCUUAUUUGCACAUGGCUAGAUGCAAUAAUAAAAAGAUUGUCAAUCAAAAGAACGUUAAAUUGGAGAUUUUGUUCCAAUGUAAACAAUAUUACCAGACUGUUGUGGAUUACUGCCAGAAAGAUCCUAGAGUAGAAACUAUGAUGCCGGUAGAGAUAACAACUUGUAAAGAGCUUUUGCUGUCAAUUCCGUCAAGGGUAGAUCAACUGCUCAAGACCAAAGGCCCAGUAAAAUAUUAYGUAUAAAAUUKUAAGUCAAAUUAUGAAUCAAGKGGCUAUAAUAGUAAGAUCUUUAAUUUAUWUAACAUAUAAAUGCCAUUUCCCUACUCUCAGACAGUCAAUAUUAUUGUGUAUUUUUUUUAUUUUAUAUAUUUGAAUAUUUAAGUUUUAAUUUGAUGUAAAUCUAAAUACCUAAGUAUUUAUAAUCUUGCAAAGAUUGAGAAAUUAUUUAACCUUUUAAGGAACAAUAAAAUAAUAAUAAUAAUAGAAAUAAUAAUAAAAAUAAUAACUCAACACAUUAUAAUAAUAUUACUCAUGAAUCAUGAUCAAUGUUCACCCUUAAAAAAAAGAUUUUAUUGUUUGCUAUUUUUCUGUUUAAGCAAUCCAUGGUGUAGCUUUAAAAUCUGAGCUUAGGAUUGAAUAUUUCAGGGGCUUCCUUUUAUACGAAUAACCACAUACCGGUGGUUGCUGUGAGAUUUAAGAGUUUUUAAUAAUACAUUUUGAUAUUUCAGCAAUAGGUGGGUAGGUACUUAAAAAUCUUAUAUGAAAAUCUAUUAAAAAAUCUUCAUACAAAUCCUUGUAAUAUGUCUAUUACAAUGAUCUUGAUUUUUAUUUUCUGUUACUAUCAUCAUGUUACUAAUUUUAUUGCUUCAUCUUACCUUGUAUGUUUAUCAACUUAAUUGUAUAAGGGGCUUAACCUGUAUAUUUUUUAAUAAAUAAAUAAAUAUACCAACAUUUAGUUU